AUGUGGCUUGCGAAUUCGAGCAUUCUUCCUGCUCUAAACAGCGUCGCAGCGGCAAAUGAUAUUGUCCGCGACGAUGAAUUUCAUUUCACAGCCUGUGCUUCAACACUUGCGGUGGAAUGGCAACGUUUUCUGGACGAAAACAUUGUACCUGGGCGCCCUCUUCAGAGCAAGAAGCUGAAGAGUGCAAAGCAGGAUGUAGGUGUUGGCGACGUGGUCGUCUCUCGACCGAUCCCCCUGGAAAUCAUUGAGCACAUAUUCCGCUCCAAUUUGAAGCGCAUCACCACUUGA